AGCGAACGUCACUACCUGGUUCUGCAUCUGACGUGUCUAAAACAGUUUUCCACUGGUGGUUUUACUCGUAGGGGAUUUAUUAUCUAUUUAAGUAUUAUCUGGUACGCGGUGGCAAGAUGCUAGAUUUCUUCACCAUCUUCAGCAAAGGGGGGAUAGUUUUGUGGUGUUUUCAGGGAGCAGGGGUCACUGAAUCUUUCACUGGGCCUGUCAACGCUUUGAUCCGCUCCGUGAUCCUUCAGGAGCGAAGUGGGAACAAUUCAUUUACUCACGAGGGCCUCAGUCUUAAAUACAAACUCGACAAUGAGUUUGAGUUGAUUUUUGUGGUGGGUUUUCAAAAGAUCCUGACGCUGACGUAUGUGGACAAGUUCAUAGAUGACGUUCAGCUGCAUUUUAGGGAUCGUUAUAAGAAUGAGCUGGAGCAAAAGGGGGCUAUGAAGCUCCUCAACAACAACUUUGAAUUCGAGGAUGACUUCAAGAAGCUUCUUAGAGAGACGGAGGAGAGCAGCAAAGCUCGGAGCCACCCCAUGCGGACCUUUAAGCAGUCCGAGAAAUCCCAAAAAACUGUGAAGUCAAUGAUUGAGACGAAAGGUGGGGACAAAGGCAAGGAACAGGGUGGCAAGAAGAAUAAAAAUACCAAAAAGGAGGCUCCUGAACCUGUCAAAGCGGAUCAAGGCAAGGCCUCGUCUACUGGGCAGAAGAUGGUUGAGAAUGGUAACCAGGGCCUGACUGCUGACGAGGUCAUGCAGAAGAAGAGAGAGGAGUUCUUUCGCAAGCGCUCAGUGUUGCCUACUGAAAAACCAAGCAAGUCCCCAAAGCCUCAGAAGCCUAGGGAGAAACAAAGGCGUGUUUGGGACAUGGGUGGUAGCAGCACCAAGGAGCUAGACUACAGCGGGAGGAAUGGCGAUGGUUCACCAAAUGAUGGUGAACAGAACCAGGAAGCACAGAUUGACCUGGGGAUGCAACUAAGCUCAAUGAAGGGUGACCUGCUGUCUGUGGACUAUGAGUCCAGUGAGGAAGAGGAGAUGGAGGAGGAAGUGGAGAGAGUGGUUGUCAGUGAAACAAGCAAGACAAGCUCCAAAAAGGGUGGUGGUUUUGGGGGCAUGUUCGGGAUGCUGAAGGGCCUUGUGGGGUCCAAGAGCCUGACCAGGGACGACAUGGAGUCAGUGCUGGAGAAGAUGAAGGACCACCUCAUCGCAAAGAAUGUAGCAGCCGACAUUGCCUCCCAGCUCUGUGACUCUGUAGCCAAAAAACUGGAAGGCAAGGUCAUGGGCACAUUCACCACUGUGGCCUCAACAGUAAAGCAGGCCCUGCAAGACUCACUGGUACAGAUCCUGCAGCCAAAGCGAAGGGUGGAUAUUCUGAGAGAUGUCAUGGAGGCGCAGAGCCAGCGAAGGCCUUUUGUUAUUACAUUUUGUGGCGUCAAUGGGGUUGGAAAAUCCACCAACCUGGCCAAGAUCUCUUUCUGGCUGAUAGAGAAUGGUUUCACUGUGCUGAUCGCAGCCUGUGACACGUUUCGUGCUGGGGCCGUGGAGCAGCUCCGCACUCAUCAGCGGCGCCUGAACUCUCUGCAUCCUCCAGAGCAGCACGGAGGACGGCCGGUAGUCCAGCUCUAUGAGAAGGGCUACGGGAAGGAUGCUGCUGGAAUUGCCAUGGAGGCCAUUGCCUAUGCUCGCAACCAGGCCUUUGACGUGGUGCUGGUGGACACUGCAGGGCGUAUGCAGGACAACGCCCCCCUAAUGACAGCCCUGGCCAAACUCAUCGCCGUCAACAUGCCUGACCUAGUGCUGUUUGUUGGGGAGGCUCUGGUGGGCAAUGAGGCAGUCGAUCAGCUGGUAAAGUUCAAUCAGGCACUUGCAGACCACUCCAUGUCUGACAAGCCUCGCCUCAUUGACGGAAUUGUUCUCACUAAGUUUGACACCAUUGAUGACAAGGUUGGCGCUGCCAUCUCCAUGACUUACAUCACAGGCCAGCCUAUCGUGUUUGUGGGCACGGGGCAGACUUACAACGACCUGCGCAGCCUCAACGCCCGCGCUGUGGUCGGCGCCCUGAUGAAGGCUUAACUGGCUGCAUGUUCUGCUGUUUAUUCAUCGUCACAACGAAGCCAACAAUACCUUCGCCAUGCUGCCGUGAGGUGUUCCAGCCCUGCUAACCCAUGUUUCUCACCCUCCUGUUCGUGUGUCUCUACUUUGCAUCAAAUGAAGAACCCACGCACAGGACUUAUUCUCCCAGUAAAGGACAUACAGAACAUUUUGCAGCAAAGCCAGAGGGGCCUCCCUUUGCAUCCUUUUAAACUUUUGACCCUACAUUGAAACGUACCUCAGACCAGACUGAGUUUUGAAACAAUGAAGUCAAAUGACAAUUUAGCUGACUAAAUGGACCUAGGCUGUAAAUGUCAUCAGUUUACUGAUUUACACAGUAAAAACCUAAAAAAAAAUCCCUACCUGGCAUUUUGUCAGUCAGUUUUCCCCUCUCCAUGUAAACGAGGUCAGGUUGUGAAGGCUUGCUGGAUGUGGCAUUUCAGCAGCUGCCUGCUGCCUGAGGAAAGCUUAGUGACCAUAGUGCCUAUGUCUCCCGUCUUCUUAGUUAACACUUUCACUACAUGGGUGAUUAUUAUCCAUCGAAAGUACCACGGCAGUUCAGGUCAGAAACCGCUCCCUCUUGACUUGAGGAGCAGCCUGAAUGUGUUUACAACAUUGAAUUAUAAAGUGGAUAAUGAAUAUCAGCAUCAUAUUGUGACGUUACUAGAUGUUGGACUCCCAUGUCAAGAAAAACUAAUUCCGGAUGGAUUGUUCUGUGAAAGUCAUCUCCCAGAGCUCCCCGCCUGCCUAAUGUCAUUACAAAAUGGAGACAUUGAUUCCCAAGUUUAGAGCUGAUGAAAAGUGGAAAGAUAUUUUCUAAGUUAAAUUUUUUUUUUUUUUAGUUCUUACAGGUUGUCCAUAGAUUGUCAGACUACAACUUCUGUGGGGUCAAUUGAACGGUUUCCCCCUUCUGAUUGACUUUUCAUUUGUAAGAGGAACUAUACGUCUUAAACAUCUCUAGCCCCCUUUUAAUUUGUGGUAGUGCAAUACGAGAGAAUCAAGAGUUAUACAGAAUAUUUGAGCUAAUUUAUGAGAAUGUUAACAUUUCUAAAUAAAGCUGCUACAUGCUCCGACAGCCUGUAAA